UAUUGGAUGUUAAAUGACCGGGAAUUAUUGAUCAAGGUCGGCCGUGUUUAUGGAUGUGGACUGUCUUAGUCCACAUAGAAUUACGAAGAAGAGUUUACUCCGAGUGGCUGAAUUAACAAUUAAAUCGCAAAUCGAGUCUUCUGUACAACGUAUACCGGAUGAAAGUUUACCGGAUGUCCAGAAUUUUCUUGCAGUUUUGGAAAAUCUAUUCUAUCAUGGCCUAAAAUCUGAUAAUUUCAUUGUUGGUAAAAAAUUUCGAAAGCAUCCUUGGCAUCUCAUACUUCAGUUGUCGAAUUUACCCAGUUUCUCACAUACGUCGUCAGUAAAUUUUCUUGACCAUCUCAAAACGAAUUUCUCAAAGCUCCGAGCUUGGAUUAAACUAUCUAUUGUUAGGUGUUGUCUACACUCUGCAAUGUUAGAUCUAGUUCAAAUGAAACCCAAUUUGACGAAAUAUUAUUGUCAGGAUGCUGUCUUUCGUUCGGAAGAAAUCUUUAAUCUAAUUGACUCUCUCGUAGGAUUGGAAAAUAUCCAAUUUAAUUUGGAUUUUAAAACUGAACUCUUGGAUUAUUCUCAUUGUGUUCCUCCGAUUGAUUUCUCACCCUUUCUUUUGCUCAAGCAAAGUUUAGAAACACAACUCAAUGUAAUUUGUGAAUGCCAGAAUAAGAAUACUAAAGAUGUAAACUCGGAAUGUAUGUGGCGCCGUGAAUUUGAAAAAUUAAAACAAAAUCAGGUUUACUCAUCAGAACAACAUCAUUGUGAUGAAGAACUGAUUCACAAACAGUUUAACCAACUAAAUAAAUAUAAAGAACAAGUAAAUUGCUAUAAAGAGAUGACUGCAGAUCUACAAAGUUAUAUUUUGGAAUUACAAGUUAAAUUAACACUUAUGCAUGAACAAUACAACCAAGAAUUAAAACGUCUAGGUGUUAAUCAAUCACAAUUAACUGCUCCAACAUUUCGUGAUACUCCAAAUCGAUUUCAACAAAUACAUGGUGUCAAUAAGCAGCAACCUUCAAAAAUCUCAUCAUUUCUAAAUUCAUCAUCCACAUUUAUUACUAAUGCUACCUAUGCUGGUACUAGUAUCAAUUAUCAAAUGCCAUCAAUUUUAUCAGUAGAUCAAGGUAUUGAUGCAUUAAGCUUGGAAAAUUCUUUAAAUCCUGACUUGGAUAAGAAUACUAAUACUAAUAAUAGUAAUGGUAAUAAUAAUAAUAAUAAUGAUCAUUUAAUAUCAACAUCAUUUGUAGAGCAGAUUCCCGGUGAAUCAAAACGAUAUCGUUCAGUUAAAUUCACUGAACCUAAUAUAUGCACUGAAAAAUUCGAUCAAGAUUCAUCUGUUGUUUUACCUAUGUGUUUAUCAAAUAAAAAAUCAAAUUUUAAACGUUUAUCAUUACCCAUAAGAGCACGUUCUAAUUCUCCAACUACUACUAUUAGUAGUAGUUAUUCCGAUUCAGUAAAUCAAUCAUCACAACAAAAAUAUGUUAAAUCAAAAAGUUCAUUAAAAUCAAAUAAUUCCGGUCAGACAUUAAAUCAAAAAUCAAAAUUGCUUUUCAGUGUUCAAGAAAUACCAUCUGAACGUUUUAUCCUACCGGAUAAUUCAUGUUCCACUGCAUCUUCCCCUAGUAGUUUAUCAAAAACACUGGAUAGUAUGACAAUUACUGUAAAACCAAGAAGUCAUAGCUUAUUCUCCUGCUAUGUCCCGAAAAUUUCUACAAAUGAAAUGGAAGGCAUUAUUCGACAUGUUGAUAGCCUUAUGAAUCCACAGACAACGAUAAAAAAUAGUAAAGAUACAACAAUCACAACAACAUCAACAACGGAUACAAUGGCACAAGCACCGACUACUGUUGACAAUGAAAAUGAUAUUGUUAUGGAUAGUCAUCUAAUUGAGUGUAAAAAUCAAUGUUUAAAUCUUGUUCUGUCUGAAUCAGGUUUAAUCGAUUCGAUAACAAGUAGUGAAAUUAUGGAAACUUCAUCUGAAUACAAUCCACAGGAUCGAUUGCAUUCUUCGUCUACACGAGAAUAUUAUCAUUUAACAUCAGAAGAAGAUUUAGAAAGUAGUGGUGAAGAAGUUUUAAAUGUUAAUAUUGACAAUAAACCGACUGAGUUACAAUUAAAAGAACAUGAAACAACUAUUGAACAACCUAGUGUCAGUUCAUUAUAAUAGGAGAGACCAAUGCUCAAGCUGAAUACUACAGCUGUUACAACUACUAUUUAAUAGUAGUAGUAGU